AUGCAGUACAUGACUGACACUUUACCUUUCUUAUUGAAGUAUCAAAAGGCACGUGAAGGCUCUUCUCAUAAACGUAACGCUCAGAAGGAACUUCUCGAAGUAAUAUCACAUCGGUUGCAUGUAGACAAUAGUAUAGAAUUCAUCGGGAAGUUGUUGUUCAGUUCUAAGCAAGGGUCAGAAGUGCUGAAAACUGUUCGCCCUGCAGGCCAGCCUUUAGUGGAUGAUUGGUCCUGCCUCAAAUCGAUGGUGAGGACUUUUGAAGCACACUGUGGAUCUCUAUCUCAGUAUGGGAUGAAACAUAUGCGGUCUCUAGCAAACAUCUGCAAUGCCGGUAUCAGCAAGGAGAUGAUGGCUGAGGUGUCUGCUGAAGCUUCCAUUAGCAUUCCUGCCGAAAAUUCGUGCCUGAUACUUGAGGCUAUGGCUGAGCUCAUGAGUGGCUCUUUGUUAGAAUUGGUAUACCAAAAGCUUAUCGAUGACUGCAUUUUGAAGAAUAGGUCUCGUAUCCUCGCUUUCAAGACUGCACCUGAAGCACCGGCCAGCAAGCUGCCCCAGUUUGACGAGCCCAUUCAGCCGCAGAAGAAGCACAAUAAUGUGUUGGCGAUUGGCCUUGAGGACGCAGUGUAUCUCUGGGACGCUGCAAACGAGUCGACUAAGCUUCUACAACCCGUAGAAGACAGAGGACCUAUCACUUGCAUCCGCUGGUCGCCAGACUGUGCAGUUCUAGCUGUCGCAUUUGGCAAUUCAGAUUUAGCCCUGAUUGAUCCAGCAACAGGACAUGUCAUGGAUGGGAUGGAAGAUGAGAACCAGGCCCCUGUGUUGUCACUUGCAUGGAGAAGUAAUUCAAUCUUGACGGUCGGAAGAUUUGAUGGCACUGUUGUUGAUUAUGACUUUAGAAAGGAUGACAUGUUCAUCUGUUUCUAUAAUGGGCAUCGGCGUAGAGUUUGUAGUCUUAAAUGGUCCAUGUUGUCAGGGCGGUAUUUGGCGAGUGGAGGGCAGGACAAACUAGUGCACAUAUGGGAUGCCUGCAUGCUUGUCUCACGUGACCAUCCACGUCAACGUCAAUGGCUUCAUAGGAUCAGUAGCCACACUUCCAUUGUGAAGGCCGUUGACUGGUGCCCAACUCGGAGCAACUUGCUGGCUUCUGGUGGAGGUUGCAAUAAUAAUUGCGUUAAGUUUUGGAACACCGUUAAUGGUGCUUGCUUGAACUCGAUUGAUGUUGGCUCUGAAGUUUGUGCAUUGUUAUGGGACAAAAACAAAUCUGAAUUACUGACCUCCCAUGGUUCGCCGAACAAUCAACUCACCUUGUGGAAUUACCCAUCCAUGACGAGAGUGGCUGAGGUUUCCGGUCAUUCAUCCUAG